AUGACGGAGAUUUUGCAAAUGCUUGCGCGUGAUAGCAAGUUCCCAGUCAAAAAGUCUUGUCGGGUCCAAUGGGCGUAUGAAAGUCGUAUCUUGCCUGAUUCCUUGCGGCCCAGGCGUGACGCUAAUGGCUGGCCAGUCCUUUACGUUAGUGACGCGACCAUACUUAAGCAAGGCGCGUCGGAGAGGACAUCAAUCGAUAUUUGCAAACGGUUCUUGGCUAUCAACAGGGAUAUUUUGACUGUCGCUGAGCUCAGGGAAAUGGUAACCUAUGAGGACCGAUCAACCCCCUUUGUGGUGUCUAGCGCCGCGAUCAUCCUCAGAAGCUUGCUCCAGCGACGAGAACGCAAGUCUCUUUGUAUCAUCGACGAGCAUGGUGCGCUGUUCGCAUCUGAUCUGCUCGUGGCUGCAGUCUUUUUUCAUUUCGAUUCGACGGUCCGUGGUCAAGUGUCUGACAUCGAGGAUGAGGUGUUGAGGAUCACGAAUUGCGUGUCGCGUGAGCUCGUGAAUCUAGCCCAAGAGAUCGGAACCGCACCACUUACCUUGCAGAAAGUCAACGAAAGAUUGAACCGCCGGCGUCGUGAGUUUAUUCGUGUUACCAGAAUUCAUUACAAUUCACUUCCUUCAAUCUUUAAGGACAUAACCCGUCUGACCCUUGCGGGGAUGUUCCUGCCUGGGUAUCCGCGGUUCGACUUUUUCCUUGGAUACACAUUCUUUCAAGUAUCUAUCAGCAACUCCACAAAACACGACAGUGAUACGGCAAAAAUCGGCCUCGCCUUCGAGCGGAAAGGUGGCAAGAAUCAAAUCGAGGAAUACCUGGUUGCGAUGUUUGGCGGCGUUCAUAAGGCCGAUAUCAGUCUCAGUUGCAGGGGCGGCAAUAACUGCACCAAAACAUUUGUCGUUUCAAGAGAUGGCCGGGCCUGCCCACAAUUCAAGAUCGUCUACAUCUGCGGCAGACCAGGAGCAACCAAUCACUCGAGUAAAGCUCAGGAGUACCUAGGAAUCAGACACAUAUCCCACGAGGAGAUCAAGUCCAGGUUCUUUGGUGUUUCCCUGUCGUGA